GUAAGCCACUCCCUACCGGCGCGUUGACGUAAGAGGGCGUGUCCAAACGAAGGACAGAAGGGGACUCCACAAUGGGAGACAGCUUUCGUGAUCAGCUGAUAGAGGACAGCGCCUUCCUCAAAGCUGACCGGAGACUGGACACGGAGCUGUUGGACAAACUCAUCCUGCAGCUCAACAGGAUCUACCCGCAGAUCCUCACCGACAAGGAGGCCACCAAAUUCCGAAACUUGGACGUGCCCACAAGUGUCCGAGUGGGAGAGCUCCUGACACACCUGCAGGCGAAAGGAGAGGAAGCGUGCAGGGAGUUUUACAGAGCUCUUCAUUUGCAUGUAGAGGAGGUAUAUUACAGCUUGCCCACACGGCUCCGCCUCAGAGAUUACUUAGGUCCACUCGCACGUAUCUACCAUCAGAGAUAUGUUCUGAAUGACAGAGGUCCCCUUUUCUUUCUGGGCUGUUUCAGCGUCGCAGUGGGAAUGGCUUUAUUCUAUUACUACAGUGAGUCUAAAGGGACAGGAGGUAGCCGGGCCCUUGGGAUGGCUGCUCUGGGUUUGAAAAGAAAGGCUCAGGAGGUUCUCAUAUGGUACACUGAAGAAAGCCUCAUGAAGUAAAGGGUCACUCCUUCACACCAGGUGCUCUAGCCUUACUGUACUAAUGAAUGCUAUUUGUACCAAAGCACAACACGAUAUAUCUUUUCAAGAGUUGAAUACUAAUUUUGUACACAGUUGUAUAUAAUAUUUUGCUUGUGAUCUAAAUGAGAAAGAUAGGGGGAAAUUCAGAGCUGCAUUUGGCACUUUGCUCUCAUAUGUUGAUACCUAUUUAAGUGGGUUAAAGGGAUUGAUUCACUUGAGGGAUGAUCACAGUAAAAUCAAAAACAAGAUGAUUAAACAAUUUGUUUUGCUACUGUCUUCAAAUGACGCAGCAUAAAGCACCUUUUACAGACAAGAAAGGAAAAUAUUGACUGCAGUGGUGAAAAAUAAGGCAUUUUAAAUGAAUUAAAUUAAUGAUUUAAAUUACACUUGGAGGUACAUCCUUAACUAUAUAGGAUAAGCCUACAUUUUUCAUCAUUUAAAAGAGCCUCCAGUUCAUCAGUGCAUUUUAUCCAUGAUAAAAAACAUAAUCCAUUGAUGCACAGAGCAACCUGCAUUUUUAUUUGUUUACUUACAACAUUCAAGCCAGAUUUGUUAUAUUUACUCUUCUCAUUGCAGUGUGCUGAGCUGUGUACAUUUAUUUGGAUAAUGAAUCAUUAAGAUUCCUUCCCUGAUGUGAAGCAUGUUAAGACACCGGCAUACUUUAAUGUGCUCUUCAGAGUCAUUGCUGUACGUGUAGUCAAGCUGUAAGUAGAGCACAAGCGCCCUCUUGUGGUCAACAGCGAACUACAUCACCAAACACAGUUUGGCUUGUGUUGGUUUAAUAAGAACCUCCCGAAGUUCGGCUGCUCACAUUUAGACAAAUAUAAUUAAUUUAGCCAGAAAUAAUGUGGCUCUUCUGUGUUCUUAUGUUAUUUUAAACGAGUUAAUAGCGACUUUUGCAAUCACGUGAUUGUUCCUACCAAUGAUAUCUCGCUCUUCCAGCGCAGUGCAUCAUGGGUACAGUUAAAACCGAGCCAAAUUAUACAAACACGUAAUAAAGAAACGUAAUAAUGAAGCGUAAACACCGAUAAUGCCGAUUAUUUAAAAGAUACAAGAGUUAUGUUUCAUUAAUUUAAUACUUAUAAACCCGGAAAUGGCACCGUAAGUGAAACGGAGAGGCCCACUGUCUGUGUUUAUAAGCUGAUAGCGUCCAGUUUCUGGUUGUGUUGUAUGAAAGGAGAGAAGGUUAGCACUCCCCUUGACAAGGAUGGAAUUGGCCCCAGUGGCCUUCAACACAUAUACGGUUAAGGCAUUGCCACUUACUUCGUGGCAUCUCUAACCAAAUUUUUUUCUUGUGUUUUAUACUAUAAACGACGCCUUAUAUAUAUAUACAUAUACACACACCUUAACUUUAUUUACUUGUCUCCCUUUUUCACCGUGUACUUCAAGACCGGAAGUAUUCCCAAAUACUUUCCCAUGUAAUCGUUUCCGCUGGGUCGGGCAGGACGGAAAACUUUAUUUUUCCUAUUAGUCUGUUAGCAUGUGAUUUGGUGUGCAGUCUGUCUUAUAUUAGACAUAUUAGAGUUAAAGUAAAAUAUGAAUUCUACCCCCUUGUGUGGAUAUUUUUUUGUUCUUUCUGUGCCUUUUUGCCGAUUUCUGAUAAACCUAUUUUAAAUACAAAGUCUGGCAGUAAGUGAAUUUAGCACAAAAUGACAAAUACAAUUUUAUAAUAUUUCUCAGGCUGUUUUGUAAACAACUUCAUUAAAAAUGAUUAACAGAGAACAUUAACUAUCAUUAUGGUGCUUUGUUAAACUGUAUUUUCACGUGUUAUGGUGGUUAAACUCAAGGAUUUUAGACGCCAACACCAAACACACCUGAAAACAGUUAUUCAACUUGCAUGUAUUUGUUGUUAUUCCUUGUUCUCAACUAUUGUGUAACAAAUUUCUAAAAGGAAACAUUGAUAUUUCUGAUGAUUUCAUGUCCUCGAGGUCCAGUGCCUGACACAUUCUGUGUGUACUGUGUUGUGUAAAAACUGCCUUAAAUGUGGAAGUGCCAGAAUUUGUAAGAUUGAGACUUUUGAUGAGAAUAAACAGGACAAUAAACACAUCUUAUCACCUUU